UGCAACUGAUGAUUGGGCGUCUUUCGGAGGCACUGGUAAGAAGAAGAAGAAAAAGGGAAAGGGUGAACCAGCGCCUCCACCCCCUCCCGACCCGCCAGCCGUGGAAACCUUUAGCGAUGUGAACCUCGACGACGGUGCACCUAAACUUGAUAUGAACUUCGGCAGUUCUGGCGAUGGCAAGGAUCUGCUCGGCGGUGCCGGCUGGUCUGGCGGCUGGGGCGGGGCGAAGGCAACGACAUCGUGGGCACUGGGAGACACUGCCUCGAAAGACACGUCAGGAGAUAACCCCUGGGGCUCGACAGAUAAGAAAAAGCAGAACGAUGGCUUCGAUUUCGACUUCGAUGCGUUCAAAAGCGCGCCAGCAGACGCACCAGCUGCCGAGCCGGCAGCAGAAGAAGAUCCGUGGAACAGCUUUAGUACGACCAAGUCUAAGAAGAAGAAGAAGCAGGGCAGCGCUGCUCUGCUCGAAGAGUCGAUACCAGAACCGCCACCAGAGCCUGUUCCUGAACCUCCAAAAGCUGAAGAUGACAGUUGGGGAAGCUUCACGUUCGGCGGCGACAAGAAGAAGAAAAAGAAGGGGGCGGAGGACCUGCCACCUCCAGAACCAGAACCGGUCGUUGAGCCAGAGCCAGAACCAGUCCCAGAACCUCCUCCACCCGAACCAGUUCCUGAAGUACCAGCAGUGGAUCCUUUCGCCGGUCUUAGCAAGUCGCAGAGGAAGAAGCUUGAGAAGAAGAUGAAAGAGGAAGCUGCUGCGAAAGAAAAAGAGGAUGCUGAGCGGAAAAAGCUGGAUGAAGAGGAUGCUGAGCGGAUCAGGCUGGAUAAAGAGGAAGCUGAACGCAAGGCGAUUGAGGAGCAGGAAGCCGAGCUCAAGCGUCUCGAAGAAGAUGAGGCUGAGGCCCAACGACUUGAGGAGGAGGAGGCCGUGCGCAUCGCACAGGAGGAGGCUGACCGUCUUGCUGCUGAAGCUGCUGAGGCCGAGAAAAAGAAGGCCAACGCUGCGUUAGACGAUGGCUGGGGUGGCAUCACGACGACAUCUUCGAAGAAAAAGAAGAAAAAGAAGGGUGCUGUUGAAGAGGAAGCUCCUCCACCACCACCGCCUCCGCCUCCGCCGCCAGAGCCCGUUAUAGAGCCCGAACCUGAGCCUGUUGUUGUUGAACCUUCGCCAGCCAAAGAAGAAGAGGAUCCUUGGGGCAGCUUCGGAACGACCAAAGUUAAGAAGAAAAAGAAGAAAGGGGCCGUCGAGGAAGAGCCCCUGCCACCACCGCCUCCACCUCCACCAGAGCCCGAGGUCAUUGCGGAUCCUGUCGAAGUCGUUUCACCACCUGCAGAGGAUGACGGAUGGGCUGAAGAUUGGGGCCUGCCAACAACGACUAAGAAAAAGAAGUCCAAGAAGGGCGCCGCUGCCGAAGUCCCUGAACCAGAUCCGGUUGUCGUACUCGAUGCCGAAGUCCCAGAAGCCGAGCCUGAGCCUGUCGUCGUUGCCGAAGAGAAGAAAGAGAAAAAGAAAGAGAAAGAGAAAGAAGGCGGCGGCGACUGGGGUUUCAGCUCGAUCUGGGGCGGUGGCAAGAAGGACAAGAAGAAAAAGAGCAGCAGCAAGACCGUUGAGCCAGAAAUGGAGCUUGAGCCAGUUGUGGUUACUGACGUUCAGGAGCCGGUUGCCGUGGAAGAGCCGCUGCUCGACGAUGAAGACGAAUGGGGCGCGCCUUCCUGGAGCAAGGGCAAGCGAAGCUCGAAAGCUGAUGUACAGGUCGAAGUCGUCGAAGAGUCGACAGAUCCUGUGCAGAAACCAGACGAUGAUGAUCCAUGGGGCAGUGCAGCUUUCAACAUUGGCAAGAAGGCUAAGAAGGGCAAGAAGGGCAUACUCGGCGCAUCGUCGCCUCCAGAACCUGAGCUGCCACCGCCUCUUGAGAUCGAAGCUCCUCCUCCAGUUGAAGAGGAACCUGAUCCGUGGGACGAUGCCACUACGUCGUCCAAAAAGAAGAAGAAGAAGAAGGGUGAGUCUGCUGACGAGCUUACCAAGACGACUUCGAAGGACUCCGCUCCCAAGUCUGCCACUGAAGACUUGCUUGGCCUGGAUGAACCGGCCCCAGAGAUUGUAGAGGAUGCUCCUGUCGAGGAUAAAAAAGAGAAGAAAGAUAAAGACAAAGACAAGAAGAGCUCGUCGAAGUCCUCGAGCAUGUGGGGCGCAUUUGGCGGAUCCUCGUCCAAGAAAGAGACAUCUACUGAGAAGCGGAAACGCGAAAAGAAAGAGGCUAAGGAGGCUGAAGAAGCUGCAGAGAAAGCACGUCUUGAACAAGAGGAGGCCGAUCGAGUUGCCGCUGAUGCUGCUGAGGCCGAAGCUGCUGCUGCCGCCGCUGCCGAGACCGAGGCUGCCGCUGCUGCCGAGGCCGAGGCCGAAGCUGCUGCUGAGCUCGCCCGGAUCGCGACCGAAGAGGAAGAGCGGAAAAAGCGCGAGGAAGAAGAGGCAGCCAAAAGCUCCGGCUGGGGCAGCAGCAUUUGGGGCUCGUCCAAGACUAAGAAAGAGACCAUUAAAGAGCGAAAGGCCCGUGAGAAACUGGAAGAGCAGGAGCGGAUCGAGCGCGAGGCGAAAGAGGUCGAGGAGGCUGCAGAGAAGGAACGGCUCGAGAGGGAAGAGGCUGAUCGCGUCAAAGCCGAAGAAGAUGACAAGCUCCGAAGCGAAGCCAAGGCAGCCGCUGACGCAGCGCUGGCAGCUGACGAAGCUCGACUUGACAAGGAGGACGAAGCACGUAUGCUCCGCGAGGACUUCGAAGCGACGUCCGGUCCGCCGUCCAAGAAAGAGACUUCCAAGGCUAAGAAAGAUCGCGAAGCGAAAGAGAAGAAGAUGAAGAAGCAGAUCGAAAAGCUCGAACAAGAAGCCAUCGACGCUGCUGAUGCCGCCACCAAGGCUCAGCAGGAUGCUGACAAUCUCGAAGCUGAGUGUGUCGCAGCCGGCUUCGACAUCGCGUUCUUGGAUGAGUGUAAGAGGACGUCGGAACCUGCUGCAGAAGAGGCGCCUCCACCGCCACCCGAGGAAGAUAUUCCGCAACCUGAGGAAGAAGCUGCUCCGACUGCAGACGACGAUCUUUGGGACUCUGUCAAAGAUAUUCCUGAGGAUGAACUUCUUGCUGAGCUUGGCGAGACCAAGACGACGCUACCUGUCAAGAAGAAAGAGGAGGCUGGAGGGUGGGGAAGUGCCUGGGGCAUCUCACUGCGUAAGACUAAAAAAGAAUCCGAACCCGAACCUGUCGUUGUUCCAGAUCCCGAACCAGUCGCUGAACAUGAACCAGAAACUGCUGCAGAGCCAGAACCUGAGCCCGUGUUGGUCGAAGAGGCGCCUGUCCUUUCUGCCAAGGAGUUGAAGAAGCUUGAGAAGGCUAAGAAGAAGAAGGGCAAGCUUGUCGAACCUGAGCCUGAGCCUGAGCCUGUGCCGGAGCCGGAGCCGGUCAUCGUCCCGGAACCUGUGCCUGAGGCUGUCGUAGAAGCUGGUCUGGAACCUGUCUUUGAAGAUGCUCCUGAACCUCCACCGCCGCCGCCAGUCGAGAUCAUCGAGGCUACGCCCAAGAAAGAGAAGAAGAGCAGCAAAAAGUCUAAGAAGUCCAAGUACGAGGAUCCAUUCGCCGUGGAAGAAGAAGCCAUCGUCGUGCCGCCUCCGCCUGCGGCAAGAAGGUCACCUAUCCCAGGCGGGUUUCCGGACGAGGAAGACAUGUUGAUCGAUAUGUCUGAACCGCCGCCACCGCCCGCGAAUCUCGAACCCGAGGCUGCUCCAGAAGUGGCUCCAGAAGUGGUCCCCGAACCUGAGCCCGUUGUCGAGGAGCCUGUUGUCGUGGUUCCUGAAAAGAAAUCAAAGAAGCUUAAGAAAGGCAGCAAGUCAUCCAAAUCGACACCUGUCGUCGAAGCACCACCUCCUCCGCCGCCACCGCCACCACCACCGCCAGCUGAGCUUGAUGAGUUUGUUGACGCCGAGGACGGACAAGCAGAGGUUGUUAUCUUGGAUAGUGCACCUGUCGACCGUGAGAUGCUGCUGGACGACGAUUUGCUAGCCACUGAAGAAGCUCCAGCUAAGCCUCCGACGCCACCACCUGAGAACAUCGACCCUGUAGUUAUGGAUUCGCCAAAGAAAGAGCGUGCAAAGGUCCAUCGCACUGGCACAUCUGGGACAUGGGGAUCGUGGGGCGCGACGCCCCAGAAAUCCAGCAAGUCAAGAGAGAGCAGGAAGAAGUCACGCGAUGACGGUGGUAGUGCUGAGAAGCCGAGCAUUAGUCGGUCAAAGUCUGCACGCACAUCGUCGACGAGGGAUCGAGAUGUCAUGUCCAAGUCGUCUGGGUCUGACAAGAUGUCGAAGACGCCUUCUGCCGCACGGAGCAAACCUCAGCGUGCGUCUACGGGCAUUGGAGCACUGUUUGGUGCCUCUCCUUUUGGAACAGCACCUGCGCAUCCUCGAUCCAAGUCGCAUCGAACAUCGGCAACUCCCAAGAUGCUUUCGCGUCGCAAUUCGAUAGACCGCGACGCUGCAAUGAUGUCGCCACCGCAAACCGACACAGACAUCCGAUACUCGUCGAAAGCUGACAGGAUUCUGGGGAGGGAGAAGCCGUCUCGAAGGUCGAGCACCAGAGACAAGGGCAAGUCCAGAGACAGAGCUGUGCCCGACCCGUACCCCGUUGAAGACGACCUCGUGAUGCUGGACGAACCUCCCACACCUGUGCAGGAGCGGCCAGAGACCAAACGUCGCAAAUCGAAGCGCGGUUCAGAGCAGCCCGAGGAGCCCAUCACUGCGCCGCCUAGCGCCGACGACCCUGUCAUUGUGGAUCCCAUGGAUGUGGAGCCAGCCCCAGUUGAGGCCGAGCGCCGGCCUCGCCGCGAACGCGAACGCGAACACUCGCGACGCGAACGAGCACCGUCGAGCGCAAAGGACGCAAUGCCCACGCUGGCGGGUGUCGCCGGCACUGCUGCUGCCGUCAGUGGCCUGAAGAGCAUGUUUGCGUUCGGCCGCAAGAAGAGCGUUGCGCAGCCGCCAGACGACGACGCGCGCGACCGGCGCAGAGCCUACGAGACGGAAGACGAGCGCAGACGGCGCAAGCGGUCCACGAUGCGCGGUGAGAUGGACGAGGACGAGGCCAAGCGCCUGCGACACGAGCGUCGCAGCGUGCGCCGAGAGCGCGAGGAGGCUGACUACAUGGCGUCGGGCGCAAAUGGCAACGGCAGCCCCGACCACGACCCCGAGCGCGAGGCACGACGAGCUGAGCGCCGAGCGCGUCGCGAGCGAGACGGCGACAGGGGCUCGCGGCGGGCGGAGCUGGACGAGGUUGAGGCCAAGGCUGAACGGCGGCGCGAGCGAGAGCGCGAGAACGAGGCGGCCAUCCUCGCGCAGAAGAAGGCGCGCCAGACGGCCGAGCUGGAGCGUCGCAACAAGCAGGCCGAGGAAGAGCUGCGUCGCAUGGCCGAGAAGGACGAGCGCAGACGCCUGCGCGCCGAGCGCAAGAGCACCGAUGACCGCGAGCACCGCUCGGCUCGCCGCAAAGACAGUAUCCGCGAAGCGCCCCGCCCGUACAAUGACCGCCGCCGCUCCCACCAGGCUGAGACGGAAGACGACCGCCGCCGCCGCCACGACGACCGCCGAGCCGCGCGCCGCGCAUCAGAGUACCCCGCGCCGCCGGCCAACGGCGCCGGCGAGCCCAUCACCGACUACUUCGACAGCCGCAACGCCGAGACCAGCGGGUCGGCGCAGCGCAGCUCCAAGCACCGGUCGCGGCGCGGCGAGGAUGGUGAGCAGGUGUACCUCAACAAGGGCCCGGACAAGACGUCGUCGUGGGUGCAGUCGCUCUCGGACGACAACCCGCUACCGCCGCCGAUCGCGGAGACGAUUCUUGACCCGCCGCCGGGCAGCCGCGAGGCGGUGGACGACGAGGAGACGCCGAGCAUGGACGAAGACAUACGGCUGCGGAUCGCGGGGCGGCGGGGGCCGAAGCGCGACAAGGAGCGAGCAGAGAGGCACGGGGAGCGCGAUAGGAAGAAGGAGCGGCGGCGCAGCUACUACGAGGACGACGAGGAGCCGGCGGCGCCGCGCAGCUCGAGGCGCGACUCGCGCCGGAACACGUACGACAAGUACGAGCAGCCGACGCGGACGUGGGACGGCAAGGAGGAGACGCCGCGCGGGGUCAAGAGGGGGAGCUGGCUGAAGAAGAUUGCGGGCUUGAAGUGAGGCUUGCAGUGAGGCUUGGAGUGAGGGCUGAAGUGAGGUGGCUUGGCUGAGGUGGCUUUCAGAUUGCCGGCUUUCAGAUUACCGGCUUAAAGUGACUACUUUUGCACUGCAUUGCGCGGCGUUGGGCGGCUUGUCUUGCAUGGCACUCGCACAGCGUGGGCAUAGCGUGGGCUGGGUCUUUGUUGUAAGAGUGUGAGUGCGUCA